AUGCGUCGCCAACUCCUCACCGGAUUGGCCGUUGCAAGCCUUCCAUUGACCUGUCUUUCGUUGCUCGAGGAAAGAUUCGUGGCAUUCGACAACCGGGACGUUGCAAGCUCACAGCUGGCCAUCACCAACGCCCCGAUUCUUGUUUCCCAGGAUGACUUUGUUGGAGUGCACAUUGCCGCGAAUAGCCUCGCACGGGAUCUUCGUGAUAUCACCGGUGUCCCGAGGGCGGUCAGCAAUGCGACCUUGUCUAACAUCACCGCAAAAGCAGACAUCGGCACCGUCAUCGUGGCUGGCUCUGCCGACUCCUCGUUGAUCUGCGACCUCGCAGUUAACGGACACAUCGACAUUUCCGACAUUGAAGGCAAAUGGGAGACGUUCAAGACUACCGUGAUCAAACUCCCGGCUCCUAGCAAUGGUCAGGCUUUGGUCAUUGUCGGGAGCGAUAAAAGGGGCACCAUAUUUGGCAUCCACACUCUCGCCGAACAAUCCGGCCAGUCCCCCUAUCACUGGUUUGCCGACGUACCAGCGCAGAAGCACGCCCAGAUAUUGGCUCUCAAUAAAACAACCAUCCAUGGGGAGCCCACCGUCAAGUACCGCGGCUUGUUCAUCAACGACGAAGAGCCUGCCCUCAACACGUGGUGGGCCCGUCGCCAUAACACGACGCGCUACCCCCUCGACACCGAGUUCUACGCUCACGUUUUUGAUCUUCUCCUGCGUCUAAAAGCCAACUACCUCUGGCCCGCCAUGUGGAAGUCCUUUACGCCGCCGCCGGGAAAUAUCUUCUUCACAGACGACCCAGGCAACCAGCAAUUGGCGGACGACUACGGCAUCGUCAUUUCGACAUCCCACCACGAACCUCUUCAGAGGGCCACGAAUGAGUGGAACGAGACGAAGUUGGGGCCAUGGGACUGGUCGACAAACAAGGACAACAUUACAAGGUUCAUGGACGAGGGCGUGGCGAGGGCAGGGCAUAACGAAUCGUACUUCACCAUUGGGCUGAGGGGGCUCGGUGAUGAGGCAGCCAACACGGAGAACGCGAUCGAAAUGCUGAAAGAUGUCUUUGAGACCCAGAGGGGCAUCAUAAAAAAGUACCACGGCUCUGAAACAGCAGUGAACCAGGUCUGGGCGUUGUACAAGGAGGUUGCAUCAUAUGACGAUGCGGGCCUGAAACCAGCUGAGGACAUCACAUUACUGUUCCCGGACGACAACCAGGAGAACGUUUACCGACUGCCCACCGGGAACGAGAUUGAGCGGGAGGGUGGCUCGGGAAUCUACUUUCACUUUGAGUACGUCGGGCUGCCGCGGUCGUAUAAGUGGCACAACACCAACAACCUGGCCAAAGUUUACAAGGAGCUUUCCCACGCUCAUCUCCGUGGCGCGAACCAGAUUUGGAUCAUGAAUGUGGGCGAUAUCAAGCCCAUAGAGCUACCCCUGAACCUGGCCAUGGACCUUGCCUGGAACGCUUCAAGCAUCAGUUAUGAGUAUCUGCCAUCGUACCUUGCCCAGUUCGCCGCUCGAGAGAUUGGAUCUGCGCAUGCCGGGGAUAUUGCUGAGGUCCUGAUGGAGCAUUCCCGACUCAUCGGUAUGCGGAGGUACGAGCACAUCACGCCGGCCACCUACUCCACACUUAAUUACCACGAAGCAGAAAGGAUCCUCGCCCUAUGGCAGUCACUUGCCGCUCAAGUCCGUAAUGUGGCAUCACAACUCGAUCCGAACUUACACCCUGCAUUCUUCCAGUUGGUCGGCCACCCCGUCUUGUCAGGGGCUACAUAUCACUCCAUCGCGAUCAACACGGCAUUCAACUACAGGUACGCACUUGAGCGGCGAAACUCGGCCAACCUCCUUGCAUCGCAGGUCCUGGCGGAUUUCGAGACAGCCUACGACCUCGUCGAGGAAUGGGAUGACAUGCUAGAGGGAAAGUGGGCGGAUAUGAUGUCCCAAGCCGUGUAUGAUGCCGUCGAAGAGCCCAAGAUGUGGGCUAACCCGUCGCGGGACAUUCUCGCCAAUCUGUCCUACGUCCAACUGCGCCAGAAUAUGCAGUUCUCCCUGGGAAGCCUUGGCCUGUACGCCGAAGGGUCAUCCAACCCCGUUCAGCAAGGACGGUGGGCAGAGUCGGUCGACGCAUCCAUGCCAACGACUGACUUCGCUCCGGUACUCCCGCAGAUGGACCCCUAUGGCCCCAGCGUGCGUCACGUCGACGUAUUUAUGCGCGGUGACUAUCGCGUCCCGCUGACCUGGGCCCUCGACCCGCUGCCAGUUCCCUGGCUCUCCAUCACACCUGCAAACGGCACCUUAAACAAGGACCACCCCGACGCCCGGCUGAACGAAUCAGGUCCACGCCGGCCCGGUACCCCUAUUUUGACCAAAUCCACAUCCCAGUGCUCAACUUCCAGGCCCCUCCAUCCUUCACGGGCUUCCCCGAAUCAGCCGGCUACAUCUCGAUCGAAGCACCGCACUUCUUACCUUCUUCCAACAACGCUACUACCACCACCACCACCACCACCACCAACAGCACUUACAACGAAACCACCACCCCCAUCUCCCUCGUCCCCAUCCCCCACCUCGGCACACGCAGCACAUCCGGCUCCCUCGCGCUCCCGCCCCUUCCUCGCCGCGCGCGCCAACCCCACCGCCGCCCAAUCCGCUUACGCCACCUACCCCAUCUACCUCUUCACCCCCUCGGCCAACCUCACCGCCACCAUCUACAUCAACGCCGGCCUGGACACGGACCCCAACCUCAAAAUGGCCUUCUCCCUCACCUUCGACGACCAGCCCGCCAACUUCACACGCGUGCUGGGGGAAUCUCCGACACGGCUGUCCGAGUGUGGUCUCGAACUAGGGGGGGGAUUCCAGGACCCCAAUAUCGCUGCGGCCUGA